AUGGCACCCAGUCGUAUCAUCCGAGGUCUUAACAAUCCAGGCAAGAAAAUCAAGCCGGUCACGGAACUACAACGGCAGUUAGUCAAAAGACAACGCAAAAAUCUGGCGCAUACAGAGGUUUCUGAUGCCAAACGCCUGAAAGAACUGACUGAAAGAUCCAACGCCACAGCAGGCGACGCUGUACCCAUCCACCCGCUUGAUCCUCUCAUUGACCACGACCUAUAUGAUUUAGCUCCUGAGGAAGCGGACGAGCUUCCAGAUGAAGAGCCGGACGAAAUUGACAUGGAUCACUUCAUGCGACAUCAUGGUCGAGCCGUUUUGGACCCCGCCUUGGCACGGGAACGUCAUUUGGCGGACCGUCUGGCCCACGAGAAUCGUUGGACAUGGCAGUACGCAAUGAUGCUACCAACGUUUCUUCGCUGUCGGUCAGAAACUUCGAACUGGGGAAAAGAGGCCAAAUGGAACAAAGAUCUUCGGCCGCAAUGUGACUGCCCAGCGCGUACCGAGAGAGAAGUCGAUCUAAUUGAUUUACACACUCGCCGUCGGGUCAACGUCUCCUUUUGCAAGAGAUGUGAUUUCUCGGAUCCGACUCGCCUACUGCAAAUGGGAUACAUGGCCGCGUCACCAAAGAUCCCCCGCACGGCAUUUUCUUUGCGGCUCCUUGUUCACUAUCACACCAUCUGGUUACGCUGCGCGACGCCAAUUGCAGGCUUUUGUGAAGCUCUCGACGACGUCCUAGACGACGAUAACCCUGUUAUCACCACUCCUAGCGGCCAACCUCGAGACUGGCGACUUCCAUUCACCGCCGCUGUUGGCGCUUACCGUGCCAUCAAUAUCCAGAUAAAUAAGAUUGAGAACGAACGUCUUCGACUAAGCCAACUUGGCAUCCUGGCAGCCAACUGUCCCAAGUGCUUCGGACCACCGAUUGGUAUAUCGUCACCUGAAGACCCACGAGUCAUCAUAUGCCUUGAUGGCAAUUUCCAGCACAAAAGGCAUGCAUUGGCCAGUGUGCCUAUUCCAGGAUUCAACCCUCCACGCCCUGACCUAUUCUUAGACCCAAAGCUAGUAGACGCCAAGCGACGAUUUAUGGGGCAUACCCAAGAAGAGGGAGGGGAAAUGAACCAAGCUGGUGAGUUAUGUUCAAAGGUCAACUGUUUAGCAGCAUUGAUAGCUGAAUCUUUGUCUUUCCUGGUAGCACACACGAAGAAGUACCAGGCUGAGCUACACAAAGCCAAGUCUGCACUGGCUAAACAUCAACAGGCGAACCAAAUGCAUACUUAUGAUUAUUUUGAGGCACAGUGGGCGCGGCAGCGCGAGUUGCAGCUUCAAGCUAUCAACGUGAGAACCAAAGAGAAACGUGCGAGAUUAGAGGUGUUGGUGCGACUCGAGGAGCAGCUGCUUGAAGCACGCAACGAGCUCGAUGAGAUGAACGCCACCAAUGCUCCAAUAAGAACAUUCGAGCAACGCAAUGACUUACUCCGCUUGCCAAUGUCAUUGGCCAGUCUUGAGAAAAAGGUCCACGAAUUGGCUGAAGAAUUUGGGAACACGGAAUUAUGGAAUGCUCGAAAAAAAACCGACAAUCGGCUCAAAGCAGCGCUUACCGUGCAAGUCGCGCUGGGAUUCCUCUAUGAGGCAAAAUACGAUGCCAUUCAACAGGUUGCUGAUGCAGCAACCAAAACCGCCAACUACAAUGCUCGCUUCCGGCCUGCUGUUCGGCUACGUGUGCCGACGUUCGAUGAGAUCAUGAAUAUGGAUCUAUUAGAUGACUUCUGGGACGAGGCAGCGCUGAACCAUCCUGACGAGCCUUGGGCGACUUGCCAGGCCACCAAGGAUGGGAUCAUUGCCGUUAGAAAUCUUAGGUCAUCAGAAGAAGAACUUGCCCGUUUGGGGCGCGAAUCCCGGCAGCUGAUGCUUUGGGGAUUAGACUACCAAGCCCGUGUGGACGCAUCCAAGCCCAACGACGGCGAUGUUCGUGUGCUGGAAUGGCAGUCUAUCCAUAGAGGCCUUGUGAAACAUACGAGCCGUCUGUGGAGAAAAUGGGGAGCAGGUGGUGGAGGCUUGCAGGAGGUACUCCACAGCACAGCAAAAUUUGUUAUAGGUAGUGCUGAGCUCGAUGAGGGCCUCUUUGGAGAAUGGCAAGCAAUGGUAUCUCGCUCAUCUGCAAUAUGGGGUGAGAGAAUGGGGGUUCAUGUAUUUUGGGGGGAAGAAGUAGUUGAUGAAUUUGAAAUGCUAGUGCAUAACAACAUCGAGGAUGAUGAGUUGUUUUGA